GGAGAACCACGGAGUCAUGAGCGUACGUCCCCCCAAUCUUCCGCAUCUUCCUAUCGUCAACGAUGAAGUUGGUGCAGGCGCGCUGGCUAGGCUUCAUACUCCAAAUCCCCGCUCGGACGGUGUUAGCACUGUCGACGGAUCCGGAAAUUCCAGUCUAUAACGGCGUCUGCUCUACCACGGGGGUGUAUAAUACGUCCUUCACACCUGCGAAUCUCCCUUGGAACACCUACAACUAUUGCAACGCGCCCCAUAUCAACGCGGCUCAUUACGAAGCUCCAGACAACGCUCCAGACGCGACGCUCGUCUACCUGAAUGCGGUGAUUCGCCACCACAAGAGAACUCCGGACAACCUGUAUCCUGAAGAGGGCGAACUCAACCAGGAACCAUGGAACUGCUCUAAUUUCCUGCAGUUCAAUAACGGAGGCGGCACAACUCACAUCUUCCACGAGACGUACAGCCCGCCUUGGCACCCCUUUCUCGUUCAAAUCUGGAAUGGCACGUGUGACGAAGGCCAACUGACGUACGAAGGACUCCAAGAUGCCAUUAGCCACGGAAAAGACUUCUGGUCUGUAUACGCCCAAAAGCUGGGCUUCUUGGAAUCAGUCAAUGAACAGGAUAUCUUCGUUCGCACGUCCGUUGCAGAUCGGACUUACCAGGUAGCGGGAGGUCUUCUGACAGGGAUGGACCCCACAAUGGCGACCAAGACGUUCCCGGUCCUCACACAGCCAUCUGUGAUUGAUUCGAUCGUUCCAGACUAUUCGUGCCCAAACGCAGACAACAUCCGCUCUGCAUACCAGUCUGUGACCGCGUGGACCGGUCACCUCGAGGAGAACGCGGACUUGCAAGAACGCCUAACCACUAUGCUAGGCGUUAGUGGCAAUACAGCCUGGACCUCUUGGUACGACCACUUCUUCGACACAUUCAGUUCGCGGACGUGCCAUGGGCACCCUCUGCCAUGCAACGCUUCCGGUGCAUGCGUUACUGUGGAAGAUGCCGCUCGCGUGUUCGCCAUUGGAGACUGGGAGUACAACUACAUAUGGAAUACGGCGGAAAAUGCGACGACUUACUCACAGCUUACGUUCGGUGCGCUCCUCCCGCACGUCCGUCAUGAGGAUCUUGCUUCGCGCUGACUACAAGCGCACGGCGACUUCCGUAACAGGCGUGUUUUUCAUGGAACUCGCGCACAACUUCAGGAUGUUCCGUUCCGGCGGAGAAACGCACAGGCUUAGAUUCUACGUCGGACACGAUGGGUCGAUGAUUCGGCUCGCUUCUCUGCUAGGGAUAGGGAAGGUCGCCCCGCUGCGUUGGCCGGCUAUGGGAUCGGAAAUCGUUAUGGAGGUCUGGAAGACGACUGCGGGAGAACAGCAUGUGCGAGUUAUGCACGAAGGCACCAUCGUCCCGGGGCUGGGAUGGGUCG